AUGGAGAAGUACUUUUUGAAAGUAUCAAAUUCAAGUUCAAUUACUCAGAAUCAACCUAACCGGGAAGAAAAUACUAACCAUUUGGAAGUACCAUCACACUCUUCUCAAGAAUUUGAUUUAAGUUCUUUAAAGGCUGAUCCGGGUGAAAGAACUCAAAUCUUGGAAUUUCAUUCAAAUCACCGUGACGCUAUUAGAAGAGCUUAUCUCCAAAAAAAACCUUGUCAACCUCUAUUAAGAGAGUUUCCACAAACAAACAUUUUUGGAGAUGUGCAUCGUUUUAAUCAUAAAUGGUUUGAUGAAUUUCCUGAUUGGUUAGAGUAUAGUAUAAGUAAAGAUGCAACAUUUUGUUUGUAUUGCUAUUUAUUCAAGCAAAAUAACAAUCUUCAAGGCGGAGGUGAAACAUUUUCGAGUGUGGGAUUUAGAAGUUGGCAUAAAAAAGCUAGUUUGCAAACACAUGUUGGUGGGCAUACUAGCAUUCACAAUCAGUCAAAAAGAAAAUGUGAAGAUCUAAUGCGACAACAGCAAUCCAUACAUGCUUCAUUUGAGAAACAAUUUAAUCAAGAUAAGCACGGGUAUCAAAUCCGCUUAGCAGCUUCAAUUGAUGUAGUAAGACUUCUUGUGAGACAAGGCUUGGCAUUUCGAGGUCAUGAUGAAUCUAAAUUAUCACUUAACAGAGGUAAUUUUCUUGAGAUUCUUUCAUUUUAUGCCCAAAAGUGUGAUGAAGUUCGUAAGUUUGUAUUGGAAAAUGCUCCUCAAAAUGACCAAAUGACUUGUCCAAAAAUUCAAAAAGAUAUUGUAAUUGCUUGCAAGAUUGAAACAAUUAAGGGCAUCAUAAAGGAACUAAAUGGUGAUUAUUUUUCCUUAUUGGUUGAUGAAUCUUUUGAUGUUUCACGCAAGGAGCAAAUGGCGGUUGUUUUACGAUAUGUUGAUAGAAGAGGAUUUGUGAUGGAGAGACUUCUUGACAUUGUUCAUGUUAAAAAUACUAGUGCUUUAUCUCUAAAAGAAGCAAUUGUCAAUUUACUUUCUCAACAUUCCUUGAGUCUAUCUUAUGUGCGUGGACAAUGCUAUGAUGGAGCAAGUAAUAUGCAAGGUGAUAUCAAUGGCCUUAAGAUGUUGAUUAAGAAAGAAAGUAGAUCGGCUUAUUCCAUACAUUGUUUUGCUCAUCAACUUCAAUUAACUCUUGUUGGUGUUUCUAAAAGAUGUCUUCAAGUUGGAGAACUUGUUCAUUUGUAUAAUAUUGUGGUGCCUAAUUUUGAUGAGCCGUAUGUUAAUUCUGGAAGAUCACGGCGUAAAUCUGGUGAUUAUACUGUUUUUCAUCAUUAUCGUGUUGAAGUAUCUUGUAAAAUAAUUGAUUGGCAAUUGCAAGAACUCAAUGAUCGUUUUAAUGAGGUAACAACCGAGUUGCUUUAUGGAGUUGCUUGUUUGAAUUCGGUAGACUCAUUUUCAAGUUUUGAUAUCCAGAAAAUAAUGAGAAUGGCUGAAUUAUAUCCUGAUGACUUUGAUGAAUUUAGCAUGUGUGCACUUGAGAAUCAACUAGCAAAUUACAUUAUUGAUGUCCGUGAUAUCAAUAAAAGGUUCUCUGAUUUACAUGGGCUUUGUGAUCUUUCAAAAAGAUUGGUUCAGACAAAAAAGCAUUCAUGUUAUCCUCUUGUAUUUCGUUUGGUGAAAUUCGCUUUGCUUCUGCCAGUUGCCACUGCAUCCGUUGAAAGAGCUUUUUCGGGAAUGAAAUUUAUUAAGAAUGAGUUGCAAAGUCGAAUGAAUGAUGACUUCUUGAGCGGUUGCAUGGUUCUUUUUAGGGAGAAGGAUGUGUUUAAGGAUGUUUCAACGGAUGAUAGUAUUUUGUCUUUUCAAGCAAUGAAACCUCGUCGAAUAGUAUUGUAA